AUGGACCGACGGGACUUGACUGGUCCUGGAAAUCUCUCCAGGAGAAAACCAACAGUGAUGGAGUCUGGGACUGACCGCAAGGCGCUGGAUCCACAGGGAUUGGUUGAGGCAGCGAGCGAUGGGACCGUCGGAGGACUCUUGAGUGGCAGCUAUUCUAUGCUCUAUGAAAUCGAGAUGAUGCGGGCGGAAGAAGAGGAGCUGGACCAAAUGAUCAAGGGCUGUCAUUCUAAAGCGGAUGAACUGCACCAGCGUGAACAUGAGUUGCAGGCGAGGAAGAAGAGUACACUUGGAAAGCGUGCUGCGGUUCUGAAGAUGAAAUUGGCCAAGGAUAAAGAGGAUAAGCAGAAGCAGAAGGAGGAGGAGGACGAGAAAUUGAACGCAGCGCUGGAGAGGCAGAAGCUGGCGUUGGCGGAGGUGGAGGAGAGGAAACGGAAGGCGGAGCGUCAGAUGGAGAGAGACCGUCUGUCCAAGGACUUGAUGGAGCGGACCGCCGGGAUCAGCAAGUUCGACAGCGCGGAGGGGCUCCUGACCAACAUGGAGAAUCUCCUCCACGUCCAUAACCUCUUCAUGAGGAGGGAGGAAAAGGCGAACGAGGAGGUCAAACAGCUGAGGGAAGCGCUGCCGGCGCUGGAGAGCGAACUGUCUUCUCUGCAGCUGCAGCACAUGAACCGGAUGUCCCAGCUCCAUAAGCAGAUGGAGGAGACGCUCUCCGAAGCGCUGCACUGGGAGAGGCAGUGGCACGAAAUCUUGGCAACGAAAGCGAAGAAAACCCUCGAGCUGGGACAGGUGAAGAUGGCGACCCUGAACCUUUGCGAGAUGGCGGGCGAAGACACGGCGGUACAUGUCAACGACACGGCGAGGCAGCUGGACACGGUCAAGAAGUUCAUCCUGGACCACAAGGCUUUCCUGGAAAAACAUCACGCUUUCUUACAGAUGGGGCAUGAACAGCAGGGAGAGAAAUCAAAGAAGAAGAAGAAGAAGAAGCCAACAGACUAA